UCUUUCUCCCCACCCCAGAGGGCCCUGUCCAGACAAGUUUGGAGAUGGAGGCUUGAGGAACAGCAACACAGAUGCUCAGUAGAUGUGGUCAACCUGUACAGGUGUGAGGCAGCACGAUGGCUUCAGUCGUGGAGGUCACAGACGUCGACCACGCCAGCUUCCUCCUGCUCCAGCUGAACGAGCAGCGUCUGCGCGGCCAGUUCUGCGACGUCACCAUCAUCGCCGAGGACACAAAGUUCAAGGCCCACAAGAACGUCCUCGCCGCCUCCAGCCCGUACUUUAAGGAGGUGCUUCUGGAGGAGUGUGCCGGCCGCCAGCCAAGCCAGAUCCUGGAGCUUCCAGACAUUCAGGCCGAAGUCUUCUCCGAUAUCCUCAACUUCAUCUACAACUCCCAUCUCUCCGUUCCCAGCCCAGAGGCCGCAAAAGAGAUUGGGACUGUCGGCCGACGCUUGGGCAUUUCCCGCUUGGAGAACCUGGAUGACCCCGAGGCCAAGAUGGACGACUUCGGCGCGUUUUCCUCCAGGCCUUGCGGCUCGCCGAUCGACCUCACCUGCCCUUCCCGCUCAGCCGAGCCCUCCAGUCCGCUUUGCUUCCAGGAUCUGGCCAAAGUGCCUAGCCCCGAGGAGGAGAUUUGCCCGGACACCGAAACAGAGACUGCUAAGAUCCUCUACAACCUCAGCUCCGCGGCCACAGUGCCGACGCCGCAGGCACCGCCGCCUGACCUAGCUUUUGUGUUGAAGGGAAGUGUCGCUUGGGACCACGACAGUCCCUCUGGGAAACCCCCGGUGGCCGAUACCGAGACGUCCCAAGCGCCCGCCUCUUCUUCCUCCUCCCCGUCGGGUGCUUCCUACCCGGUGAGCAGCACCUUCUGCUGUGGGAGCUGCAGCCGCUCCUUCACCACGGCGUCCGCGCUCAGCCUCCACGUGAAGCUCCACCGGACGCGGCGCUCCUUGUCUUGCCGCCACUGCGGGAAGAGUUUUAUCCACAUCAAGCGGCUGCAGACGCACGAGGUCUUGUGCAAGGGGGUGGGGAAGCCCGAGGAGCCCGCCCCCGCCGUCAAGACGCUGCCCAACCCGGGUCUCCCUUCCAAGUCGACAGCCGCACCGUCCUCUUCCAAGAAGGGCGUUCUGUUCCGCCACCGGGGCUUGCCGCGGCUGGACUAUAUCUCCGACCAAGACCACUUUGUCAAAGUGGUGGACGGCCACAUCAUCUACUUCUGCACCGUCUGUGAGCGGUCCUACAUGACCCUUUCGAGCCUCAAACGCCACUCCAAUGUCCACUCUUGGCGCCGGAAGUACCCCUGCCGCUACUGCGACAAAGUCUUCGCGUUGGCGGAAUACCGCACCAAGCACGAGGUCUGGCACACGGGGGAGAGGCGCUACCAGUGCAUCUUCUGCUGGGAGACCUUCGUCACCUACUAUAACUUGAAGACCCAUCAGAAGGCCUUCCACGGGAUCAGCCCUGGCCUCAUCUCUUCUGAAAAGACGCCCAACGGAGGGUACAAGCCGAAACUUAACGCGCUGAAGCUCUACCGGCUCUUGCCGAUGCGUUCUCAGAAGAGGCCCUACAAGACUUACAGCCAGGGCCUGAUGCCCGAGAAUCUCCUGUUGCCCGCUCAGCCCGUGCCCAUGGCGUUGGGGGAUGGGGAUUCCUUGGAUGGGAAUUUGGUCUCCUCCCUGGGCGCCAGUAAUGUCUCUUCCGUCUUCACCCCCAGCAGUAGUUCCUUAGAGUUGCCCGAAGUGGAACGUUUUCCCCGACAGGAACCUGCGGGUGCCCCGGAGAGGUCUGUGCUUCCUGCUGCCGCUGUGGCUGAAAAGACCCCGCAGGACAAGCGGCCGGGGCCUCUGGGCACAGAAGUGCCCACGGUCAUCGCCUACGGACGCCCGGCCUCUUCCGUCAUUGUCCACAGCACUUCGGUGCUGGCACAAGCUGCCCCAUCUGUGAUAACGUAUAAGAGCAAAUCUUCAGACGCGCUGUCUAGUACCGGACUCCCUCCACCACAGCCGCCGCCUUCUUCCGUCGCGGUGAAGCCCAUCAAGAAACAAGUCCUGAAAGAAUACAUCCAAUCGCAGAAGGCAGCAGAGCAAGCCUUAGACGGGAACGGGAGUGACCACGGGCACCGGGUCAGGGGCCCCCGCGUCGGGCGCACCAUGACGUAUACGGCCAAGCCAGCCUACGUGGGCACUGCCUCGGAAAGCCGCUCUGCCCCGCUCUGCCAGAUCACGGUGCGCAUUGGCGAGGAAGCCAUCGUCAAGCGGCGGAUUUCUGAAACGGACCUGAUGCUGGACAAAAGCGGCCGCGUUGGGGGUAAGCGCUUUGACUUUGCGGGAGAGAAGCCGCAGGCCCCGCCGGCACUGGCCCCCCACGGCAAGCACGUCGACAGGGGCUACGCCAACGAGAGCGGGGAGGAGGAGAGCGACCGAGGGGACGCGGAGGACCAGCUUUGGAGGCCGUACUACAGCUACAAGCCCAAACGGAAAGCCUGCGGCGCGAGCGGCGGCACCGCGCCGAAGGUGAAGAAGUCUCGGUGGCGCCGCAAACUGCGCUCGCUGCGCUGGAUGAAACGGACGGAGGAAGAGGAGGAGGAGGAGGUCAGCGUGGGGACCGGCACCCCUGAGCCUGCUGAGAAGUCCGCCGGCCUUGGACGUGCCUCCGGAAGUGGGGGGACAGACCCCCCUCCCAAACCAGGUGGCGGGCGGGGCUCCGAUUGGAAGCAUGAGUGCAGCGUCUGCGGCAAGCUGUUCUCGGCCCUCAAGAAGCUGAGGAAGCACGAGCGAGUUCACGGCCGCCUCAGCAAGGACGACCAGUCUCUGGCUCCCCUGCUGGUGACGCCGCACCGGGUGGGCCGCAAGCCUCUGGUGAAGUUUACCUGCGCCCGCUGCUCCAAGGUGUGCAAGACGGCGGCGGCCCUGAGCCGCCACAUGAAGCGGCACGAGGGGGAGCGGCCCGAGGACACCCCCUUGCCGGCCCUCACCACCGUCAUCGCCUACUCCAAAAAGGCUGCAGACUUGCCCCCGGCGGCCCCGCCGUCCCCCGUCGUCAAGGAGGAAACCACACAAGAGAUGCAGGUGUCUUCCUCGAGCGGGGAAGCGCCCGGGCUGCAUCACGAGCUUCCGGAAGAGGGGCCCGCAGCCAUGGAAACGGAGACCUCCGACGGCCGCACGCCGCCGGCGCUGCCGGAAGAGGAGCCUGCCCCGCUGCUGGCAGAAAGCAAAUCCCCCUUUGGCGAGGAGGUGCCCAUCCCCCCACCGCCUUUGGAGGCUGCUGCCAACCUGCCCGACAUGCCACCGCCUUUGUCCCGCUCCCUGCAGGACCCUGUCAUCUCCCACACGGGUCUGAUCCAGAAACAGGCUAUGGCCCUCCCAGAGGUAGAGGAGGACCGCUACCCGGUCCAGGAGUACCCCCUUCCGCUCUUGGUGCCGGGCAGCUGUCGGACCAGGAAAGAUCUGGAGGACAAGGCCCCCUUUCUGGCGUAUCCCAGCGCUCUGCCAUUCAACGCGGUGGGCAAAGCUGGCAGCAGCGCGGGCGAUGGCAAGGUGAGCUUCUACCCCGACCCGUACCCCUUGAUGUACGGCCAUCAGCUGCUGGCUGCCUACCCCUACAACUUCACCCUACCCGUGGCUCUGAACAUGGUCGUCCCGGACGAGAAGGGGCAGCCCCUCCCCUUCCUGCCCAGCGUCUUCAGCUACGCCAUGAAUCCCUGCCGGAGCCAGGCCCACGAGGCGGGCGCCCCCGGAUCGAACGGGGGCAUGGCGAUGGGGGCCAGCGCCGCGCGGGAGGGCCGAGGCGAGCCGGCGGCUCCGGAGCGGCACAAGAAAGGCAACCUCCUGUGAGGGACCGA